AUGCCGGCCGCGAGUCUUUUCAUUGUAAUCGUCGCUUGUUUAGGUCAAAUAACGUGCGCUGAACUCUAUCCUGUCUUGAAGAGAUGUCCAGACAAAGAUUUCAACAAUCUGGGAUAUUCGCCGGGCUGCACUUACACCUGCAGGAAUGGGCCACCGGAAGAUAUAACAGAAUAUUGGGGCAAUUAUAGAGAUGCUACACCGUGCGUUGCUCCUGCAGAUGAUGAACUUACAGUGUUCACACACAUUGGGACUUGCGAAAACGGAACAUGCGUUCAAUAUGAUGGACCGAACAUUCAACAAGUAUGGAGCCAACUUCCUGAGUUGCAAGCCAAGUUUCAUAAUUGCGAACCCAUGUCAAGCGACUAUUCUGUCGAAAACUGCCUGUAUAUUUGCAAGACAGAUUCCUACGGAUAUUCCUACGGAAUUCACAAGGAUCGUACCGAAUGCACACUAAAAAAUGGCGGGGUCGGCAUCUGCUUGAGUGGAUUUUGCCACGGAAAUGAAUACUUUCCGACAACUGAUAAGGAUACCCUGACACUAUUGUAA